AUGGAUCCUUACACUAGCCCAAAUCCGCGCGCCGAACUAGAUGCUAUUCUCUCCUCCAUCCAAACCAUCGCGGAACGAUACACAAACAUGAUGCUCAACAUGGACACUGAAGCCCUGGUCAAAGUCACCCAACCAGCCGAUAUCCCCUCCCUUUCCGCACUAGCCAUUCCCUUCUCCGCCCCACAAGACAUUGACCAAGUCCUCCGAGAAGCAUUCGAAAUCUUUGACCACCGCCUCCGGACGAACCAUCCGCGUUUCUUCAGCUUCAUCCCCAGUCCAGCAUCUCCGCUCUCGUUCCUGGGCGACUCCCUCACAAGUUCAUUCAACACCUUUGCGGGAUGUAAACUGGAAGGCGCAGGCCCAAGCGCGAUUGAGAAGUCUUUGAUCGAAUGGCUGGCCGAACGCGUGGGCUUGCCGGAUACAGCUGGAGGUGUCUUCGUAUCAGGCGGAUCGAUGGCGAAUCUGACGGCGAUAGCGGUAGCGCGGGAUCAGAUUGUGCCGUGCGGAAAGGAGGCUCUAGGAGUGGCGUAUGUGACAGAUCAGACGCACUCCUCUGUUGCGAAAGCGCUGCGAAUUCUCGGGUUCAGAGGACAUCAGAUAUGGCGUCUGCCGGCGGACGAGAAGUUUCGUAUGGAUCCGCAAACGCUGCAAAGAGCGAUCCACGAGGACCGCGAGGCGGGCCGGGUACCCUUCGUCGUGAUCGCAACCUGCGGAACGACUAACACGGGAAGUGUGGAUCCACUCUCCGAUAUCUCCUCUAUCUGCCGAAAAGAGCGUCUAUGGAUGCAUGUCGAUGGCGCGUACGGAGCUUCCGCCUCGCUCUCAGCCUCGCAUCGCCACAUGGUCAGUGGACUCGAACUCGCCGACAGCAUAUCCUGGGAUGCACACAAGUGGCUUUUUCAAACCUACGGCUGUGGUCUCAUUCUCGUGAGAGACAAAAAGCACCUUUUGGAUAGUUUCGCAACAGAUGCCGAGUACAUGCGCGACAUCACCGAAGAGCAGGACGUGCCCAACUUCUGGAACUACGGCAUCGAGCUGACCAAGCCCGCGCGGGCGAUGAAGCUCUGGUUCACGAUGCGCGUUCUGGGCGUCGAUACGCUGGGUCGGAUGAUCGAUCAGGGUUUUCACCUGGCUGAACGAGCAGAGCAGGAAUUGAGGAAACGGAGAGAUUGGGAGAUUACGAGUCCAGCGUGUAUGGCGAUUCUGACUUUUCGGUUUGCGCCAUCGGGGAAGAGCGAGAGGGGGAUGGAUGCGCUGAAUGUGGCGCUCUCGAAACGUCUUCUUGAGGAGAACGUUGCGGGCAUUUUGACGACGGAGCUAAGGGGGAGGGUGGUGCUGCGUAUUUGUCCGAUUAAUCCACGGCUUAGCGGAGAGGAGAUGGCGGAUACAAUUGAGAGGCUCGACCUGAUUGCUCAUGAGCUAUGA